CAGCGCAUCAUUGUGCGACGCUUUUUACAGCUAAAGACGGGAAGAACGGAUAAAUAAAAGGCAGGCGAGCCCGGCUGUGCUUCCAGGGACCGCGGGGAUGGAGCUGGAUCCCGGCACGGGGGCGGCGCUGGCCCUCGCCCAGCCGGAGAGCUUCGUUCCUGGGGAGGUGAAGCCGGAGGAGGAGGACUGGGAGUGGGAGACCACCGUCAUCAAACAGGAGGAGGAGCAGGAGGCAGAGCUCGUUGAGUCCAGCCUCCAGGGAGCGGGGGUGCAGGAGGGUGACCCCUGGGGUACGGAGGGGCAGCUGUUUCCGAACGGAGCUGCGGGGAGCGGCUGUGAGGCGGGGGCCGCGCUCCUCACAGGGUCCCGGAAGCGCAAAGCAGCGUGGACUGCGAAGCUGCCCCAGGAGGAAGGAGGCAGGGAGGGGAACGUUUACCCCUUCUACCCCGAAAUGGGGGGAGAGAUGGGGGAGAUGCGAGAGAUCGGAGAGAUGGGGGAGAUGCGGGAGAUCGGAGAGAUGGGAGAAAUGGGGGAGAUGGGGGCCCCCCUCUUCGCGGUGCCAGGCGAUGAAGGCUGCACGCAGUUCCAGCACCCCGCAGCGAGAGAGGAGGUACCCCAGGGGAGCAACUCAGGGUCAGGCACAGAAGGGCCGUGUGGGAGCAGUCUGAUUUCUCAGCAGCGGGGGGGGGGGGGGGGGGGGCAGGUCUGGGCAGCAGCCCAUCCUCCCCCCCACCCCUCCACGGGCUCCUCCCCCCCCUGCUCCAGGGCCUCCCGUCACUUCUCGGAGCUGGAGAAGAGGGUGCUGCUGGGGCUGAUCGAGAGACACCGCUCGGUGCUGGAGAGCCGCAAGGGCGACGCGGGGACCGUCCUGCGCAAGCAGCGCACGUGGCAGCAGCUGGGAGCCGAGUUCAACGGGCACCCCUGUGUCUUCCACCGCGACGCCAAGCAGCUGCGCAAGUGCUGGGAGAACAUCAAGGCCCGGGCCAAGAAGACCGCCCGCUCCUCCGCCCAGGCGAGGAGAGCCAAGGCUGGGGCCGGGGGAGGAGGGGAGACAGGAGCCAAGGGGAAGCAGGAGAGCAGGGAGCCGGGGCCGAGGGGAAAGGGGGAGCCUGGGGAGGGGAAGCGCCGGCGCCUCAACGCAGGAGCCCGGCUCGGCCAGUCAGCAGCGAUGCAGCUUGGGGGAAGAAGUGGUGGAUCUCUGCAAGGAGGAAUGUGGUGUCUCAGAGCUGAAGAAAAGGACCCCCAGACCCCCCAGCCUCAGGGGGGGUCCUCGGCCCCCUCCUCCUCCUCCUCCUCUCCCCCGGCUCUCCCCAUGGCCAGACCGGGUGAGGCAGGGAGCAGCAGCAGAAGAGAAACUGGGAACCAGCCCCUGCCCCCACCGCCCCACCUCUUCACCAGCCCCGCCCCGGACGCAGGGAGACCGGAGGGGGCCAGGGGCAAGAGGAAAGGUCUGGGCAGGGGCCUGGGCCCCCCCGGUGCGGCCCCCCCUCGCAGGGAGGAUCAGCUCCAGCUCUCCCUGGUCCGGCUGCAGAUCAGACAGGCGGUGGAGCUCCACGGGGUGAAGAAGCAGCAGCUCCGGAGAGCGGGGGAGCUGGCGGAGGAGGAGCACCGUGCCAGGAUGAGGGUGCUGAGACACAAGGAGCAGUACUGGGAGAGGAAGCUGCAGCCGCUGCUCCCCCCACCGCCCGCUCCUCCCUCCUACCCAGCUCUGCCCUCACCGCCCCUCCCCCCUCCCUCCUUCCCCUACGCCUCCCUCUCCUCACAGCCCGGAGCUGGGAGGCUCGGCAGACUCUAGCGGAGAUUUAGUCUAGUUGGGGGGGGAUUCCUUUGUGUGUGUGUGUGUUGUUUUUUUUUGUAUAUGUAAACAAUUCCAAUUCCUUUGUAAGAAUAGAUUUUGUUUUCGAUUUGUUCCAGAUUGAGGUCUCCGUGGGGGGAGGGUCUUCGCUGCUGUUGAUCGGGGGCAGGUUUUCCGCUCCAGGCGAAAUGGCCGCUGGGGGGGAGGGGGGAGGGGGGGUUGUGAGGAUCGCUGUUCUCCUCGGCGGAGUCUUUAUGAAAAGCGAUCGAUCGAUCGCCACAAACCCCAGUGGCUGUUUCUGAAUUCGCUCCGAGCGGUAAAUCAGAAGCGAUGGACCGCAGUGACCAGCCCCCCCCCCCCCCCCCCCCAACCCC